ACAAUUAUAAAACAUUAAAAUAAAUACAUUAAUUAAUUUAGCAUGGCAAUAAAUAGACAGCAUGCGGGGUCCUUCACCUCCACCUGUUGUCAGGAAGUGCGUGUAGUUUGAAUCGGAAUAUUAUAUUUUGAAUAAAUCUCGCUGAUGGAUGAUGAAGAGGAGACUUAUCGAUUAUGGAAAAUCCGGAAGACCGUAAUGCAGCUGUGCCAUGACCGCGGGUAUCUGGUGACGCAGGACGAGCUGGACCAAACCCUGGAUGAGUUCAAGAUUCAGUUUGGAGAUCGACCCAGCGAGGGACGACCCAGACGCACUGACCUCACCGUUCUGGUGGCCCACAAUGACGAUCCCACAGAUCAGAUGUUCGUCUUCUUCCCAGAGGAGCUUAAAGUGGGCAUCAAGACCAUUAAGAUGUACUGCCAGCGCAUGCAGGAGGAGAACAUCACUCGAGCUGUUAUUGUGGUGCAGACGGGCAUGACACCAUCUGCCAAACAGUCUCUGGUGGACAUGGCACCAAAAUACAUCCUGGAGCAGUUUCUCCAGCAGGAGCUGCUCAUAAACAUCACCGAACACGAGUUGGUGCCUGAACACAUUGUUAUGACAAAAGAGGAAGUGACCGAGCUGUUGGCCAGAUAUAAACUGAAGGAGACCCAGUUACCCAGAAUUCAGUGUAGUGAUCCAGUGGCGCGAUACUUUGGUCUGAAACGAGGACAGGUGGUGAAGAUCAUCCGGCCCAGUGAAACGGCUGGACGCUACAUCACAUACAGACUCGUGCAGUGAAGACCAGCAGUGUUGUACUAUUAUUUUUACAAUCAUGUUUUAUGAUUUGAGUUUUUUUAUUAUUGAAUAUAUUUUAAUUUAGAUACUAUAUCCUUUCAGUUGUAAUCUUAUGUUUGUUGACAAAUGGGAAAAAUAUACAUGUUUUGUUUUGUGAAUGGGAUCAGCGUUACAGCACAUUGUUGGUAUUAAAUAUAAUAUUCACUCA